GCUUGGCUCUUUCAUUUGCAGAUCGUAUCGCCCGCCUUUUCAUAGUUGGUGUAAAAAUACGGACCAGAGAACCCCGUCAUGUACCAGCCAAAUUCAUACCAAUCACAGGGCUAUGAUCCCAAUCACUACGCAUCGCCCCCACCACAUCAGAAAGGCUAUGCCCCUGGACCUCAAAACUCAAGGUCCCCGCCACCACUGCAACAUCCCGUUCCUCAGCACCCAAUCUUGAACUUUCGAGCUGAUGCCGCAUCACCUACGCCUCAGAUGGCACAUCAUCAACCACAGGGCAACAUGAAUUAUUACCCGCAACAACAACAACAACAACAACAGCAGCAGCAGCAGCCAGCAGGCGCGUACGCACCUCCAAAUAGCAAUCUGUAUUCCCAGUUUGGUUUCAACGAUCCAGCUGCACAGAUGGGUAUGCAAUUCGCAGGAACCGCGAUGGCACAAGGUCAAGCCUACGUUGAGCAAAAUAUCAAUCGUUGGGUGAAUGUACCUGCUGUCAAGCACUAUUUCAACGUUAAUAAUCUAUAUGUAAUCAACAAGCUUCGCAUUUUACUUUUCCCAUGGAGACAUUCCCCUUGGAAUAGAAUGGCUCGACGAUCCGACACCGGUCAGAUGGAAGGCUAUAGCCCCCCACGAGAGGAUAUCAAUUCACCGGAUUUGUAUAUACCUGUGAUGGCUUUUGUGACCUACGUGUUGUUGUGUGGUUUGGCUGCUGGGCGAAAAGGAAGCUUUCAUCCAGAAGUCCUAGGUUUCACUGCCUCAGCUUCUUUGGCUAUUGUCUUUACUGAAGUCCUGUUGACCCGACUCGGUAUAUAUCUCCUCAGCAUACCCUCGGAUACUUCCGUCUUGGAUCUUGUAGCUUAUUCUGGCUACAAGUUUGUUGGCGUGAUCGUUACCACUGCCGUCAAGCAACUUGGCUUUGGUGGUAUGGUGACUUGGGGUUUGUACCUGUAUACCUCAUUGUGCUGUGGAUUUUUCUUGUUGCGAUCAAUGCGAUACUUGGCAUUGCCAGAGGCUGGAACAGCUUCCACUAUGAAUCCCCAGCGAAAAAGAAGAAUGUGGUUCUUGCUAAUGAUUGCUGGCUCUCAAGUUUUCUUUAUGUUCUUGCUCACCAAAUAAACAAAUACUGUUCUCUCCUUGUUCUAGACAAAUAACAA